UUUAUGAAGGAACACCCAUCGACUCACGAAGUCAAACUCCUCUAUAUAUACACACAGCAGGGGGACUGUCAAUACACUUCACGUCGAAGGUUGAUAGUCACACCUGCGUCGCGAGGUGGAGCAGCAUGGACAUUACCCUGAUUCAUGUUCUGGUGGCUGUCAUCUGGCUCGCUAUGAGCGUCGAAGGAUUGCUUUACUGCUACACCGGAAGUCUUGAUUUGGGGAUUCCUGAAAUAUCUACCUAUUGUGCAGCAGGGCAAGACUCAUGCGUGACGAUGCAACUGACUCAGAAUGGUAUUCCUUACCAGGCCAGAACCUGUGCUACACAAGCACAGUGCCAUGCGUUCGACUUCAAGGACCAGAUGAAAGAGUACAUCCUCGGACAACUGCCGACGUUCGUUGGCACCGUCGAUAGCACCUCCUGCUGCCAGACAGUUUUGUGCAACAACGCUCCGGCUGUUUACUGCAAAAGCGGAAGUGCUGAUUUGGGGAUUCCUGAAAAAUCAUCUAAAUGUGCAAUGGGGCGAGACUCAUGCGUGACGAUGCAACUGACUCAGAAUGGUAUUCGUUACCUGGCCAGAGCCUGUACCACAAAAGCACAGUGCGAUGCGCCCGACUUCAAGGACCAGAUGAAACAGUACAUCCUCGGAAAACUGUCGACGUUCGUUGGAACCGUCGAUAGCACCUCCUGCUGCCAGGGACUUCUGUGCAACUACGGUAAUAAAUAAAACUCGCAGUGGCGAACCUCUAUGCAUUCGGCUUGUUUUCCUGAAAAACCUAAAUGCAGUGAAAAUGCAGUACCAUACAGGCGGUCCCGGGGAUACGAAACUUCCGGGCUUACGAACGCCGGCGCUUACAAAUGCCCAUGUGCUUACGAACGCCGAGUGCUCACGAAUAGCUGCAUCCUUACGACCGCCCGCGCUUACGAACAUUGCCCAUAAGAUGAACCGCGGAACUACUUUGUUCAGAUGUGAUGAGGCCCCGCAUCCCGCGUGAUGCACUCUCCUUCCAACAAGCAAGCUAGCAUCAGGACUCGAGGUGAGCGUGAAUAAAACCGAUUAUAUUUUUCAUGUUACAUUAUUUUGUUUAGUUUUAUUCACUACUAGCAGGAAGUACCCAGCAUUGCCCGGGCAAAGACACACACACGCACAUCGACCUACAUGCACACACAUAUGGACUUACACACACACAUUUGCACUUUUAGAGCAGGUUUGCAGCAAAUGGGUAACUUUGGCACAAAACAAAGAACGCCAUCAGGGUGGUAUCUUGUGGAGCCAGGGCCUGUUGUUGGUCAUUUCCCUUGGUGAAGUAGAUGCGUUGACCAUUUUCCAGUUGAACUUCCAAAUGGACGACUGGGGGGGAACGCUCAUGGAUGGGGGAGUCAGGAAUUAUCCAAGUGGCCUCAUUUCUGCUGAUGUAUCUUCCUUGGACAAAAAGUUAAACCUCACCCACACUUUGCCCCUCUUUUUGCAAGUCAAAGACAGGCAUGUCAGAGACGUUGUUUAUGUAUUUCCAAAGUUAUUUGAUGGCUUGCACAGAAUUGUAGAAUUCCACAUUAAUGUGGGCCUCGAAGAUCUUGCACAGAAGAGGGCGAUCCACUGGUUGUCAACCUUCAUUUAAGAGUUAGUGGUAGGUCUGAGUGUUGUUUCAAAUCCACCAUGCUCCAUUUUUAUGCGACGAUAUAGAGGAUAGCCAUCAUGGCCUGAAUGAGUGACUUUCAAGAAGUUGCGUGGAUACUUCUUGGUACACCUGCGGUCUUGCAUAAAUGGCGAAUUUGGAUUGAACUGCCCACACGGGCCAUGGACCAUUUGCUUGCAGACCACAUCAAACAGGGCAGGGUCUUGAUGGGGGCCAGGUAGCUCAGCACUGACAAAUGUGUCAAUGUCACUUGCAUUAAUUUUUUCCGUCAUCAUUGAAUAAACAAGCUGAAAUAAGUGUACAUUAAAGAGCAGCAGUACGCACAGCUAAGUUGAGAAGCAGGCUACAGUCUAGAUUAUAGACUGCCAGUAUGCCGACUCAAUGACAUAAGCAUUGCUACAGUCGACAUAAAAAGCUGGCAAUACAGUCAGCAGCUGAAAAAGCAGAAUACAGUCGACAUGAAAGGCUGGCAGUACACUGAGUGAGGUAAAGAAGCAGGCAGCAGAUAAUAUACUGGCAUACACUCAUAAUGGCCAAAAGCAAAAUUAGCCUAUAGAUAAUAGUGCCAUUGCAUGGACGUUAAUUAAUCAGCAGGCAACAGGCCACAGCACAGACUGGCUGGACACCAUCGUAGCGUCAUAAAAACACCUAUAAAAAUCAAAUUUAGCAACCUAAUGAAAAAUUUGUUUUCUGCACACAAACAUUAUUAUUGUAAUAUUUGUUGCAUAGUGUUGAGGAGUAGAGUGGUGACGGAUUGUCACACUCGCCUCGGGAGGAGUGACGUCAUGUCCCCUCGGGGUAUUUGAGGGGGGACCCGUGACGUGUUCGGGGUCUUCGCCAGGAGCCGGGGUUGUGA